GUCACGUGGUCUUGUUUUGGCCGCUGAGCUCGUCGUUAGCAGGGAGGCCGCUCAGUCUGCCGAUUAUCUCCUGCUUUAUCUGCUGCUUUAUGACGGUUUAUCUCGCUGCUCCAGUGUCCGCUGUCCAGCGUGUCCUGCUGUCCUCCACGGCUCUUCUCGAAGCGAUGGGUGCGCUGCCUUGGGGAAGGCGGCUGGGUUUGCUGUGUGUGGUGUUGCUGUGUGGCACGCCGCUGUGCUGCGGAAGGCCAGAUCCACGUCGGCGAGAAGCUCUCAUGCAGCUGGAGAUGAUCAGAGGGAUUGGAGGCAGCGUGGUGCUGAACGACAAAGAAAAGCUCCUCGACGAAAAGCUCCACCAGCUGAAGCUGCAGGACAUGGCGUUACCAGAGUUCCCCCCGUCAAUGCACUUCUUUAAAGCAAAGCCUCUGAUCGAACGGAGCCCAGUCUUCAGCUUUUUACAGAAGAUGCCCAAAGGCGCAGCGCUACAUGUCCAUGACUUUGCCAUGGUGGGAGUUGAAUGGCUGGUAAAGAACAUCACCUACAGAGAGAACUGCUACGUGUGCUUUACUGCUGAUAACUCGGUACGAUUUCUCUUCUCUGCUGGGCAGCCUAAGCCUCAGACCCACUGCUCUACGUGGAUUCUGCUGGAAACACUGAGACGGAAGAUGAACAGCACUGAGCUGGACAACAGCUUUAUUCGAAAUCUCACACUGUUCGCUGAGGAUCCGGACGAAGCCUAUCCAGACCAAGACGUUGUCUGGACGAGGUUUGAACAGGCGUUCUUAGUGGCCUAUGGACUGGUGACGUAUGCCCCCAUCUUUAAGGACUACCUUUAUGAAGGCCUCAGGCAGUUCUACAUGGACAACAUCAUGUAUGUGGAAAUAAGAGCUCUACUACCGCCUACCUAUGAGCUCGAUGGCAGAAGAAACAGUAAAGACUGGAGCAUGAGGGCUUGUCAGGAGGUGCUCCAGCGCUUCAGGGCUCAGUACCCAGACUUCGUAGGUGCUAGAGUGAUCUUCACCGUCCACAGGGGUUUGAAUUUAACAGAAGCUGUAAAGGCUGUGGAGGAAGCCGUGACACUACAGAGGAACUUUCCAGAUAUCAUGGCAGGCUUUGACUUCGUGGGGCGUGAAGACAGCGGACGGCCUCUGUGGUAUUUCAGAGAGGCCUUGGAAUUGCCAGAGGAGCGGGGCAUCCAUCUGCCCUACUUUUUCCAUGCCGGCGAGACCGACUCGGAGGGCACAGAUGUCGAUCAGAACAUGAUGGACGCCCUGCUGUUGAACACCUCUCGCAUUGGCCAUGGCUUCGCGAUGACACGCCACCCCGUGGUCAAAGAGCUUGCCAGGAAGAUGGAUGUAGCAGUGGAGGUUUGCCCCAUUUCUAACCAGGUCCUGAAGCUGGUUUCAGACCUGAGAAACCAUCCAGCUGCCGUGCUGAUGGCAGAGGGCCACCCCAUGGUGAUCAGCUCAGAUGACCCAGCUCUGUUUGAGGCGUCGGGCCUUUCUUACGACUUCUACCAGGCCUUCAUGGGCUUUGGAGGCAUGAGGUCUAAUUUAGCCACUCUGAAACAGCUCGUCGUGAACUCUCUCAGGUAUAGCUCCUUGUCCUCAGCGCUGAAGGAUAAAGCCACUGCAGCUUUACUGGAGAAGUGGGACAAGUUUGUCUCGGAGACUUUGCUGUAGACUUGCUGGAGAAAUUUGAGCACAAGUGCCAUUUUAGACGUGCACAGGAACAAGUGCACUUUUCUAGCAGUCCGUCCAGUCAUUUUCCUGCUUUGUUACAGUGAUGAGUUCUGAGGGGUGGCUCAUCUAUGUUGUCGUGAACUUGGUUGUUUUGACACCAGAUACCUUUUAAAAAAGUGACCUUAGAUGUUUUCUGUUAGGAUUCGAGUGAGAAACACUCCGCUCAGUUUAAAGGCCAGCCUUCUGACCGGUGGAGCCACACAGUCUUUUUAGCGUGCAUAUCUCACCCCCUAGUGGAGAAAUACAUUUAUUGUCUUUUUAGCAAGGUUUGGCUGUCCACCACAAAAUGGUGGGUAGGGGUCCUCAGGUCAUUCAGAUUAAUUUCAGUGGUGGAAAGAGUACUGAGUAAACUAUACUUAGUAAAGACACUCAGUAUAAUCAGGCAAGAGUAUAAAAUAAUAACGUAAUCACUGAUGAGUACUGGGCUUAGGUCCCAUACGCCGUUUACAGCAAUGCCAUGUUUUCCUUGUUUUCUUUUGUUUUCUUUUAAGCAACACCUCUAAUAUCCCUAAAAUAAACUCUAAGUAACUACAGCAAACUACAGAAAUGAUUCUGAAACUGGAGGAUGUGACCGUAAUCAGUAUGAACUGAUCAACAUAUUGUCGUCGGGUCAGAAGAAAACCAUGUUUUUCAUUUUUGACACAAUAUGAAAUGCCUCAGCUCUUCACAUCCAGCGAGUUUACAUGCACUUAAUCUGAUAACUUGAAUUUAUACAUCCAGUCAGGAUUUCUGCCAUUAAACACACAGAAGAAGACACGAAACUUCAUCACACCGCUUUACUUUUUAAACACUGUGGUUCAUUACCUGAAAAUAUGAACCCACAUCAUCAGGAAGAUGAAAAGUAUUUAAAUCCUUCACUCCGUCAAGCAUGUAUUUGAUUUUAGUGUCGCUCCGAAAGUGUUUUGCUGCCAUCUGUUUUCGCACAUGUGCAGACAGAAAAAUCCAGUGAAGUUUUUUUCCUUCUCCUAUAAAGUUUCCAUUUCGUAGAUACAAAGUUUAGAUCCAGGGCUGGACUGAAAGCAGCACCAGACAUAACUGAUCUGACUUCUGAUGAGUAAAAUACGUGAAGAUUAUUCUGGGGUGAAAACCCAAGCUAAACAAGUCCUGGACAGACGUAAUUCAUCUGGGGAUGAUCUUGUACUAUCCACCAAUUCAGUUCUUAAGUGUAUAGAGUUGUGUGCUGGGCUGAGUAGCUCUGUUUCAGUACUCCUGAAUGAUGCUUUAGGGUGUGGAUGAGGUUUAAACCAGAACUGAAUGUGAGGCUAGAACUCAGAAUAUUAACUGACCACAACUGAAUACAGAAUAACUGACUAAUGACAUGCAUAUUACCGCUGUAGAUUUUGGAAUAUAUAUGCUUAUUGGCUCACCAAUGCUGAUAAGACUGACCACUGGCUACUGAGGUGUGGUACUGAACUUCUGUUCAGUUCUGAAUUGUUGAAAUAAUCCAAGCAGAACUAUAGAAACAUUUAUUUUAUUUCCAGCCUUGAUAUUUGUGUUAUUUGCCAUGUUAUUUGUGUGUUUUUGCAUUUGCUGUGUUAGUGUAUUAGAAUGAUUUCAUAAUACUUGAGGAGCAGUUGAUGGUAAUGUAAACUUUGUAGGUAUUUUUUUUGCAUUUUCUGUCUCAGGGAAACUGAAGAGCCAUGUAAGUGUUAAACUGUAUUGUUGCCAAAAACAAAACCCAUAUCCACAUAGUGUAGCUCUCAUCAUGGAGAGCCUGUAAAGGUGCAGUGUUUCUGUUGGAAUGGAAAUAAAUACAUCUGAUGAAAA